GGGCAGCUAAUAAUUGAUUUGAAGAGUCACCCCUCACUUUUAUCACUCUCCUUCAAUUUAUUAUAUCACACCGAUUUUCUGCCCGAAAAGUCUAUUGGUCGUUCUCAUAAUUUUAUACCCAAUAUUUUAGCUUAAAAAGGGCCCAGCGAUACGAAAAAUAUGGCUGGCCUCCUCAAGAAGACCGUCAAGCUUGCACUAGUCCAGCUCGCGUCUGGCGCUGACAAAACUGUCAACCUCGCCCAUGCGCGUUCCAAGGUCCUGGAAGCCGCCAAAGCUGGCGCCAAAAUCGUCGUACUUCCCGAAUGCUUCAACUCCCCCUAUGGCACGCAAUACUUCCCCAAAUACGCGGAGACGCUGAACGACAGCCCUUCCUCAAAAGCCGCGGCUCUAUCCAAAUCUGCAUCCCUACCCAGCCCUCCGCCCGCCGAGCAAGCGCCGAGCUACCACGCUCUAUCUGCUCUGGCAUCUGAAGCUAGCGUAUAUCUCGUCGGCGGUUCUAUCCCCGAAUACUCGCCAUCGACGAAAAAGUACUACAACACAUCCUUGACCUUUUCGCCCAAGGGAGUGCUCUUGGCCACGCAUCGCAAAGUGCACCUCUUCGACAUUGACAUUCCUGGCAAGAUUACCUUCAAGGAGUCGGAAGUCUUGUCUCCGGGUGAUCACUUGACGAUUGUAGACCUGCCAGAGUAUGGCAAGAUCGCCGUAGCAAUUUGCUAUGAUAUCCGUUUCCCUGAGCUAGCCAUGAUUGCCGCACGCAAGGGCUGCUUUGCGCUGAUCUAUCCCGGAGCGUUCAACUUGACGACGGGAUCUCUGCAUUGGCAAUUGCUGGCGCGGGCUCGUGCGGUGGAUAACCAGAUAUAUGUCGGUCUCUGUAGCCCUGCGCGGGACAUGUCGGCGAGCUAUAACGCUUGGGGCCACAGUUUGGUGGUGGACCCCAGCGCGCAGGUCCUCGCGGAAACCGAUGAGAAGGAGAAUAUUGUGUAUGCCGAUCUAGAGUCCGGAAAGAUUGAGGAAGUGCGAAAGGGCAUUCCCAUAUAUACGCAGCGCAGAUUUGACAUUUAUCCUGAUGUGAGCGCGGGGUACGGAGGAGGCGAGGAUGGCGAAGGCGACGUCAAGGUGGGAAAGUGAAGGAAUUGUAUGGAGCAAUCUAAUAAGUCAUGAGCGCAAAUAUUAUCAAACAUGCGCCGGAGUAUAAACUGGAUAUGGUAAGGAAUAUGAUAGAACAGGGUGACUUUGCUUGGACAUAUGAGAAAUGAAUCAACGAGAGUGAAGAGAGAAGAGGCACGUCGAUUGUUCAGUAUAAAAUGUACGUAUGGAUCCCAUUGCAAGCAUAUCAAUUGACGUGAAUUCGAUGGCAUUUGUCGUCACAAUCACUGAACUUUUGAAUCACACC